AAGAUGGCUGCCUCCAUGGAAGACGACCGACAGAGAAAGUUUUCCAGUGAGAGGCAUGCCAGAAAGAUUCUGAAUGCCCUGAACGAAAACAGAAAGCUCCAGCCUUUCUGUGACGGAACAGUUGUCAUAAGGGACAGUAGUAUCUAUGUACAGAAAAACGUUCUGGCAGCAGCUAGCCACUACUUCAGGCUAGUGUUCAACUAUGAGCCAGAUCCUGUGAAUCCCACAGCUCAGAACAAACAGGAAACCGUCAAUAUUACAUCCCUGGGGAUCAGUUUUGAAACAUUUGAGACCAUCCUAGAUUACAUCUACACAUCUGAAAUCAAAAUCAGUGAUGAAAACAUACAGGACAUCCUUCAGGCUGCUGAUCUUCUGUUGCUGGUUGACCUAAAAGAACUGUGCUGUGACUACCUUGAGCAGUGUAUCACUGCUCAGAACUGCCUGGGUAUCCGGGAGUUCUCCUCCAGGUUUUCUUGUCCCUGGAUACAUCUCAAGGCUUCUAUGUUUCUUGAUGAACAUUUUAGAGACAUCAGUCACUGUGAGGAGUACCUAAGACUGUCCCCAGAUUCUCUCAAGGAGGUGCUGUCCCAUGACACUCUGUCAAUCAAGUCGGAGGAGGAGGUCUUUAGUAGUAUAAUUAGAUGGGUCAAGUUUGACGAGGCCACUCGAAAAGUCUGUUUGGAGGAUUUAAUGUUGUCUUGUCUACGUGCUGAUCAGAUGGCUGAUACGUUCCUGCAGAAAUUGACUCGCAUGGACACUGGCUAUGACCCAGAUAUUCUUAGGAAAAUUGUUGCAAACGUUCGUAUGCUGAAACCAGACCAUAAAUGUCGCGGAUUUGCCAAGGUGUUGUUGGUGUCUGGUGGGGAGGGACAACCUAAUACGAAGAGUAACGAGCUGCAGAUAAAGGCCUGUGUACGGUGUAUUGUUCCCAGUAAGCGUGACAACCACACUAACGGUCAGUGGGUUGACCUUGCCAAUAUGACCACAAACAGAAUAGGACAUGGCAUUGUAGAAGUAGGUGGUUAUCUGUAUGCAGUGGGAGGACGUAAUAACAAAUGUCAGAUCCUCAACUCUGGUGAAAAGUAUGAUCCUUAUCAGAAUAAAUGGUUUCCAAUCGCUCCCAUGGAGCAUGCUAGAGUGGGAUUCGGUCUGGUUGCCAUUGACGACCAUAUUUACUCGAUAGGAGGCAGUAAUGAUAUGACAGACCCACUAACCUCUGGUGAGGUCUACAAUGUUCUCACCAACAAAUGGCGUCUGAUACCUGAGAUGAACUUAAAGCGAGUCUGGUCUUCAUUUGCAGCAGUAGAAAAGAAAAUUUAUGUGAUAGCAGGUGGUGCAAUAGGAAAACUUUUUGAAGCAGUGGAAUGUUAUGACACACGAACAGAAACAUGGACCUCAGUGUCUCCGAUGAGAGAACGGCGAUGUGACGCGCGGGCAGUUGCUGUUGACAAUGAUAUCUAUGUGUUUGGUGGAUUUAGACGUAUUGAGUGUCCAAGUGCCAUGCAUGGUGGCCACAGUGUAAAGUUUUGCGGGACCGAGAUCUACUCGACACGUAACGACUAUUGGGCUCAUGCCCAUACCCGAGGUGUCGGUUUGUGUACAAUGUCAGACGCAUCUCAGAUCUAUGGAGCAGUUUAUGAUGGAGAUGAGGUGUUGGUGAUAGGGGCACUAGAUGUAGGCGGAACAUACCACUGUGUCCGGGGGUUCAACUUUCACUCCAACAGCUGGCGAUGUGUGGUACAGAACCCUCCAGCUAUGCAACGUGGACAUUCUUCAACCAUGUUUAGAAUGCCGCUUCACCGACUCCGUAGCCUUCAGUGGGAUCAGGGCAAACUAACCUUCACAGACAUCAUGUGACAUCACCAGCCAUAGACAGACAUCAUGUGACAUCACCUAUCCCAUGAUAGACCGACAUCAUGUGACAAACCUAUCAUAGACAGACGUAAUGUGACAUCACCUAUCACAAACAGACAUAACGUGACAUCACUUAUCUCAGACAGACAUCAUGUGUGACAUCACCUGUCUCAGACAUCAUGUGACAUCACUUGUCUCAGACAGACAUCAUGUGAAUUGACCUGUCUCGGACAUACAUCUUUUGACAUCACUUGUCUCAGACAUACAUCAUGUGACAUCACCUGUCUCAGACAGACAUCAUGUGACUUGACCUGUCUUAGACAUUAGUUGACAUCACUAUUCUGAGACAGACAUCAUGUGACAUCACUUUUCUGAGACAGCCAUCAUGUGACUUCACCUAUUUAGACACACAUGUAUCAUCAACUAUCCUAGACAGACAUCAUGUGAUAUCACCUGUCUCAGAUAGACAUCAUGUGACUUGACCUGUCUCAGACAUACAUCAUGUGACAUCACCUAUCCUGAACAGACAUCAUGUGACAUCUCCUCUCCCAGACAGACAUCAGGUAACAUCAAAUGUCUAAGACAGACAUCAUGUGACAUCAGCUAUCAAAGACAUCUUUAAAACACAUUUAAUCACAUAGACAAAUUGAGAUCAUCUCUCAAAAACAGACUACCAAAAAGGCCCAAUUUUCAAACAAAAUAUUAAUGAAAUUUGUAAUUUUGGCUUUUGGAUCUUAAAAAAGUCUUGAUGACCUGAUAACCUGAGGUUUGCUUUACAGAAUGUUUUGAACAUUUUAAAAAACACAUGUUGUAAUGAUAGUCUGAGCUCUUUUAGCUAUAACAGCUUUAAUUAUGAUUGUGUUUUUGCACUAAACACAUUUUUUUGAGUGCACUUUGAUGCGCACAUUUACAGUAUGACAAAUUAUCAGGUUGACAAAAUAUUCAAAAUUUGAGUCAGAUUGGGGGGAAAUUGAAAUAGACAGGGAAUCAGUUUUGAUGUACAUGUAAAAUGAGUUGUUUACUGUAUAAGAUAUUUUUUUUCAUUAAUUGCAUAAUCUUUAUUUUAAUAAUUUAUGGUAACAUCAAAAUGCAACAUGAAAUGAAAUUUAUCACAGGCAAUUUUGACUAUCAUACAAUGUUUUAACCCCAUUAAAAAUAGAAACAUGGCCUUUAUGAGGAAGAUACAUUAUACGAUAAUCUUACUGCCUCACUACAUUACAAGACAAAUUAUACAGGCCUGUAACAUAAUCGUAUCUCAGAGAACGUGUCAAGGUCAAAUAGCAAAGGUUCAUUAUGUGUCAAGGUCAAAUGUCAAGUCUAGGUAUCAAUGUCAGGCAUUUAUAAAUAAAGUUUUCUAGUUCUAAUUUAACUCUUUAGUACAACUGAUGCUAUAUGCAUGUUUGCUUGCUCUCCCUGUUUAAGAAGGAGACUCCCAAUUUUGGACUCUAAUGCUUAAUAUUUUGAACCAAUUAAAUUGCUAUUUUUUUCCUUCAUUCCAAGAUCUGAUGAUUUCGUAUGAAAGAGCAACUUAAAAGAUGUCUUUUAAAAAUGUAAUUUUUCCCAAGGGGUAGUUUUAUUGUUACUUUCAAUUUUGGUUAUGCAGAAUCCUCUUAUGGAAAUUCAAAAGGUUGGAUAUUUUACAUAUGGCAUCAACAAAAUUAGCCUUCCAGACCUAAAAGCAAUGUCUAGCAACCAUAAAACAGUGUGUUGAAACAGUACCUUAGAUUUGGUAUAUUCUAGUCAUUCAAGUUCAUACUACCAUGGUAAAGGUUCAAGCUCUCAUGAUAUAAACAUCAUAUUAAAGACAGCAAAGUGCAAUUGAAAACAAAUAUUAGGUGUGACAAUAGCUACACAGGUUUGAAGGCAGCUGUCUAGUAGGUGACUAUUGUAUAUAAUUGUCUUUACCUGUCUAGUAGGUGACUAUUGUAUGUAAUUGUCUCACUUUACCUGUCUAGUAGGUGACUAUUGUAUAUAAUUGUCUCCCUUUACCUGUCUAGU